UCUCGACGUGCCCUGUCGACUGCCUGUAUACGCUACGCGUCUUAUCGGAAGUGCGGUUUUAUAAGGUUGGGCGUGUCUUCGAGCUUUGUCUGCUGUGGAUUAUCAGUCGGGGACUCCAUAUCUACGAAGCGAGCAGCUGCGAGCGGGCCCGAAUUAACUGAAGCUCCAGCCCGUCGCUUACAGCUUCGUAUAUACCAGCUCUUGUGGAAAAAUCGCACUUUCAGACGUUCAAGCACUAGCUUGUGAAGCUACUGUAGAGUCGUGCGGCACGCUGCAACAUAGUGGCCUCGUAUCACCAUCAGAGUGCCUCGCUCCAUAUCUACAGAACUAAUCAGGUGUCGUUCACUAUCGCUGCAUUGGCACUGAGCCAUGAGCAGCUCUCUAGACUACGUCGAGAUACCCUCCUGCGCUACCCGUCUUCAACCACUUUCCUCGGGCAAUGGUGAGGAAAUACGUCCUGCCCCUAAGGUCCUCACCUCUCUCCCGCGGCCCUCGCAGCACGUUUCGACCCCAUCCUUCUCCUCUAUCACGUCUCCGACCCUCUCCUCUCAUGGCCAAUCGGGCUCCAACAUGCUCUCUCCAUCCAAACUAGCUUUCACCACCAUACCACAGUUGCUACUUAUCUCUACUCUACAAGUCCCUGCCAAUGCACCCCCUGCCCCACGUACUGCGAAAGGCGUGCAACGCCUGUUGUCGACGCGUGACCCGCUCUCUAUCCCGAGCACGACCGUCAAUUUCAAGCGGUUUGUUGCGCGCGUGGGUCCCGUGUUCUGGUUGCAAGAUCGUCUGGAGGAGAUCUUGAUGUGGAGGAAGGGAACGCGGUAUACGACCGUGUGGAUGGCAGCUUACGGAUUUCUUUGCUACUUUCCUCGGUUGGUGCUGUUGCUCCCACAUGUUGCCGUGCUCAGCGUGAUGCUUGUGAUGCAUCCGGCUCUACAUGCUGCAGACAGUGACGAUGCCGCAAAAUCCGAAGUACCGACUCCACCGCCCGCACAAACUAGCGAAGGUAGUGUCGACUGGUUCGCAAAUGUACAGGCUAUUCAGAACCUCAUGGGGGCCUACUCAGACGUUCACGACUACGUCCAACCUGUCAUUCCUCACUUCACGAACCACUCACCGUAUUCACCCGUCAUUCUCACCUUCGUACUCGCCUCUCUCUUCCUCAUGGUCCCCGUCGUCUACCUUCUACCGAUCCGCACGACCUUCCUCAUCCUCGGCCUCGCACCUCUCGUCUGCACACACCCCUUCGUGCGCCUCAGCCUCUUCCCUGCGCUCCUAGCAGGUGCUCACCCGAUCUUUACCUCUCUGCGAAUGCGGCUGACGCGCAUCAUUGACGAUGACCGGCUGGAGGACAAGCACUGGCGUUCAGAGAUGAAAGAGGUGGAGCUAUUCGAGAACGAGCGCUGGAUGGCCAGCGGGAGCAACGACGAUCACAGCAAUCCUGAUGCAGGAUGGAGCAAGGCAAACUUGAAGCCGGCGGACCGCAAGCCAUGGACGAGAGGACGGGAUGGGUGGAGCGGGAUUACGGGCGACGGGAGUGGGGAUGUCAGCAACCUCACAUUUUCUCUUGCCCCCGGAUGGUUGUUUGUCGAAACGGAGGACUGGCGGCCGGACCUGGAGGGCACAUGGAUUGCUCCCAGUCAUGUAGACGGAAAUGGCUGGGUGUAUACGAACGAUGCUUGGCUGGACCCUCACCCAGCACCGCUAGAGGAGUGGUGGUCGAGCGGGUUGACGAGAAGGAGGAGAUGGACGAGGAGAAUCUACUGUGAUCCUGAACUUGCAAAGCAAUAA